AUGGCUGACGAAGAAACCUUAUCUUUAGAAUCUUACAUCCUCUCCAGCGACAAGGCCUCUGCCCUGAACUCCUUUUCUCCUUCUUCCACUUUUGGAGUCUUCCUUCGCCUCAACAACCUUCUUAGAGACGGUCAAUUUAAUACCCCAGAAUUUGCCUCAGUCCUAGAAGACCUCAAAAAAAUGGACUCUUCUCUCUAUAAUAAAAUUCAGAUCAGAAAAACCUUGCUCUCCUCUCCUCUAUGGGCAAACAAAACCAUCGUAAAAAUCUCUAUUUUUUUGGUAAAAAAUCAACUAUAACAUAUUUUUUUUUUAUGAAAAAUAUUUGGAGGGAAGUUAAAGGAAUUAGAAACAACUGAAGACGAAGAUAAAAGAAAUAAAAUCAUUAAUGAGCUUAAUAAUGAACACUUUAGAUAUAGAUUCGACUAUAAUGCUCCUCAGUCGUCAGAAAUUAAGCAAGAAUAUGAAUACAGUUCCAAGCUUAGUGAAAAUUUAUUCCCAAAAGAUUUUGAGGAGGCCCACAAGUUAACUAAGACCUUUGGCUUGCUAAGCCCACAAGGAAAGAUGAAACUUGAUGCAGCCAAAAUGACGAAUGAGAUUUUAACUCUCCGUUAAAAAAUUUUUAUUUUUGGAAAAAUCAGCAAAAUAUUAUUUUUCUAUAAAACAUUCGCACAUUUCGAUUGCCGAGCAAAAUAAAUAUCUUUUCUAGCUAAGAUGUAAGUUCUUCUUACUCCCCCCCUCCGUGAUCAGCAAAAGAUUUUGUUAGCUCACGGAGGGGGGUAAUUUUUUAAAAAAAAAUUGAAAAGUAAGCACAAUUUGUUUAAAAUUAAAUAGAACUAGCUCAUUAUAUUAAUUAUCACUUAUAUAUCAAAAUUUAUUUUUCAUAAAAAAAUUUUUUUUUCACGGAGGGUGGGCUUUAGGUCAAAAAAUCGAGAUUUUUUCUAAGGGGCAGGGGGAGUUAGAAAUGAAAGAAAUACAUUGUAUUAGUGGAGUCCCACAGAAAAUAGCAGAGCUGCUUAAGAGUAAUAAUUUCCAUGAGCCAGAAUGUUUUAAAAAUUUAAGCAUUGAUCAACUUUAUGAGAUUUUAAGCUUGCAUGAGCCAGUUCGUCAGAAGCCUGAAUUUAUUAAGGCACUGAUAAAUAAAAAGUAUCUUCAUUUGAUAGGCUCUGACGACUUCGAGAAUUAUGAAAUAUAUAAAAAGGUUUGGUUUGAGAUCUCUGAUUAUCCAGAAAAUUUAAAUUCCUUAAAAUCAACAAUUCUUCUGAAUUUGCUCACUCUGGGCAGGAAUUUUGGGAUUUAUGAUGAAAAAAUAUUCCAAGAAUACUUAAAAGCGCCUCGGCCAAGUAAAAUUUUCUUUAUAAUUAUCAAGGAUUUUGAACAAAAAUUAAGAAAUUUUUCAGAAUUCUUGAGGGGUGAUUGUCCUAGUGACCAAGAACUUGUAGAAGAGUAUUUAUUCGAAAUUUUAAAAAAUAAAGAAGAUACAAGCGAAUAUGCUGGAGUGUCAUAAAAAACUAAAAAGAAUAAAUUUUAAAUUUUCUAAUAAAAUUAAAAGCAUUAUCUCAUAGGUAUUGUCACUUAAAAUUAAUUUUAUGGAGAAAAAUGCUUUAAUAAACCCGAAUAUGACAGAUUUUUUGAAGAAAAAUUCCUAAGAAGGACUUUCGCUUAUAUAAAAGUGCUUAACGGAGCUUCUCCUUCGCAGUUUGAAGACGUUUUUUCACAUAAAUAUAUAGAAGAAACAGCCAAUAAUAUAUCAUUGGAGCCUUGUAGAGAAAACCCUCCAUAUUUCCAGAGAAAUCAGCCAGUUCAAUUUUCAGUCAAAGUUAAAAAUGUCCAAAAACUUCUCGUCAAAGUCUUAGAGCUAAAUACAAAGGCUUAUUAUUUAAAGCAUAACUCACAGAUUACCACUGAUAUUAAUCUAGAUGGGCUAGUAGCCAAAUACGAAAGGACUUAUGAAUACAAUGAAUCCCCACUAGUUAUCGCCAAAAGGACUCUAGACUUCCCAGAGCUUGCAGAUAAAGCUGGGCUUUUUGUUAUAGAAUUAAUCGGAAAUGGCCGCCAUUGCCGCGUUAUUAUUAAAAAAGGCUCCUUAAAAUACGUCUCCAAGCUAACAGCUGCUGGGCACUUAAUUUUAAUUUUAAACGAAAAUAACGAAAUUUGUAAAGGCCCAGGGUCAGGUGUUACCAUUGAUGGCCGCUUUUAUUCGACUGAAAAUGAUAAAGGGGUCGCAUUUCUCCCAUUCGCUAACACCCCAGCGACUAAAAAUUUGAUUUUAACUGAUGGGAUUAUUACAGAUUUAGUUGAAGGAUUUUCCCAUGCUGUUGAAAACUACCAAUUAAAAACCGCCUUUUUGGUCCAUGAAGAACAAUUACUAAUGGGAAACCGAGCCACUAUUUCUAUAAAGCCACGAUUAUACGUAAAUGGCACCAAAGCUAACGAUUCUUUAAUAAAAGACUGCAAAGCAGCUAUAACUACAACUGACGUUGAAGGGAUCACAGCCAGCAGAAUUUACCCUAAUCUUUUUAUUCCAGCUGGAAAUUCAUUAAUAAAUCUUGAUAUAGAAAUCCCUCCAAGGCUAAGAAGCAUGAAUAUUUCAUUUACUGGUGAAGUCGAAAGUGUGACUAAAAAAGACCAAAAAAAUUCUUUAAAUUCUACAUAUACAAUUUCUGUCAAUGAAAAUCUUGGGAAUACAAUUAUAUAUGGAGCUUAUCUGAAAUAUGGAAACCAAGGGUACCAAGUAGAGCUGAGAGGCAGAGGUGGCGAACCAUUGCCAAGACAGCAGAUUCAGGUAACUUUAUAUCAUGAAGACUGGAAAAAAGAAAAUAAAGAAACCCUUAUGACUGAUGAAAAUGGAAAUAUUUAUUUAGGAUCCCUAAAAAAUAUUACCAACGUCAGAAUAUCGACUAAUGUCCAUCAGCAGGCCCAAAACUUUGAAUGGAGCCUUGGGACCUUUAAAAGCAGAAUUCAGUACCCAUCAGUCCUUAAUCUGUGUGAAGGCGACGAGUUUGGAAUCCCCGUCAAUUUUGAAACCCCAGAAAUCAAUUUUAGAGAGGUAAAUCUGCUUUCUAUUAAAAAUGGAAAUUUUAUUGACAGUUUUAAUAAAAAGCUGAAAUAUGACCAUGAGACGUCUAUUUUGCUGCUUAAAGAUUUAGAAAAAGGAGAAUACAGCUUGAAAAUCGGCAGCCAAAAUAUUACGAUUUUUGUCAGAGAUGGGGUGCAUUGGGGUGAUAACCAAUUUAUUUUAUCAGAAAAUGUGGUGGUCCCUACAUCAGGGCAAUAUAGGUCAUUAUCUAUAAAAUCAGCUGAAACUGAGGAAAAUAAGCUAAAAGUUGACCUUGCAGGGGACUAUGAUAAUGCAGUAAUUCAUGCGCUUUAUUUCAAUUAUUUGAAUAAUAAAGUCCUGGAAGAGUUUUCUCAGCUUUAUUCUUUAUAUGUAGAGCCUGACCAAACUGCGUUUAUUUUUGCUAAACAAAAAUCGCAUUAUUUGCCAAGCAGAAAACUUGAUGAGGAAUACCAAUAUACGCUGGAAAGGAAAUAUUUGGCCAAACACCCUGGAAACACCCUUGCGAAGCCACAGUUGUUGCUGAAAAGGCUGUUUAUAAAUGAUACAACGACUGAAACUCAGCAAGCCCGAGCUGGAGAUAGUAUAAGAAGAGCAGAAAUGGACAAGUGCUAUAGAUCUUCAGCAAUGGCGAGGAAUUACCAAAGCGAUUUGCUUGGUGAGCCUAUAGGAGUUUCAGGCCAAGGCCAAAUGCUUGAUUUCUUAGAAAACCCUGCAAAAUGGCUAUAUAAUUUAGAAGUAGACGAUGGAAAAGUGGAAAUUCCAGUGGAAGAUUUGAAUUAUUCACAUGUUUUGAUAUUAGCUACAAAUGGAGAAGGAUUAUCGUCAAAAUUAGUGAAUUUUGAAGCCUCUAAUAUAAAAAUAAGGCAGCUUGGCUUAGCGAAAUCGCUGGAUAAGGAAAUAGCGUAUUCAGAGCAAAUGAAGUCGAAAGGGAUUUUUUCAGGUGAAAAUUUCACUAUUGGAGAUAUUUCUAGCACCACUUAUGAAAUUAUUGAUUCUGUUGAUAAAUUGUAUAGGCUUCAAAAAGAGCUGAUAAAAACUAAUGGGAGCAGGGUAGCCUAUGAUCCUUGGGAUUUCUUACCCCCUAAUGAUUUUUUGGUGAAAAUAUAAUUUAUUAUUUUUAAAAAAAAAAAAUAUUUAUUUGCUAAAAAGAGUUAGGAAGAUGGCAUACGUUGCCUUAUGCCAAAAAACUUGAACUCUAUGACAAAUAUAUGUCCCAUGAGCUGAAUUUAUUUAUCUAUAAAAAAGAUCCUACCUUCUUUUCUGAAGUAAUUUAUCCAUUUUUAUCCUCAAAAAUGGAAAAAGAUAUUGUGGAUUUAUACCUUCUGUCUCAGCCUCUAGAUGAAUAUGCUAGUUUAAAUAAUUUUUUGAAGCUUAACACCCUUGAAAAAAUUCUGCUCAUAGAAAGAACUGCAGAAACCAACCCAGAUUUCUCAAGAGAAGCUGCUAAAACCUUGAAAGACGAAACAGACGCAAAGGCAAGAAAUUAUCAAUUGAGAAAUAGAAGAAUUGAAACUGUGCUGAGAUUUAAUUUAAUUAGUGGAGAGCCACAGCAGCCUAGAUUGGCAAUGGCACCACCUCCAAUGGCAAUGGCGGCUUCACCCCCAGCAAUGUUUGGAGGAAUGGAAUGCUCAAUGAGCAUUGGAAACUUCAUGCAAGCGAGCUGUGAAAGCAAAAGUAUGGUUAGGUCAGCACCGAAAAUGAAGAUGGCUAGGGGGAGAAUGGAAAAGAGUGCUGUAAAAAUGGAAGAAUCAGAGGAUCCAUUUUCUUUAAUGGAUGAAGAUCAAAGUGAUGAAUAUGUUGAAAGUACAAGAAAUGCCAUGCCGACUUAUUAUCAAAAAAUGGAUUCAACUAAGGAAUUUGCUGAAACCUUUUAUUACGAUAUAAAAAAUCUUACCCAAAACAGCAGCUUAGUGCCAAAUAAACGCUUUUGGUCAGAGCUCGCAAAUGCAGUUGCAAAUAAGCAUUCUUAUAUAUUAUCAGAAGAUAUUUUAGAAACCACAGACACUCUUACAGAGCUUGUCUGCUCUUUAGCAUUUUCGGAUCUACCUUUUACAGCUGAAAAGCACGCUUAUUCCUUAGAAGGAAGGUCAAUUACCUAUACAGCAGGAAGCAAUUUCUUAGUUUUCUUUAAAGAACUCGCUGAAACUUCUUCAGAAAUAAAUACCCAGGUCCUUGUAGCCCAGCGAUAUUUUGAUCCAAAUGACCGUUAUAUACAAGACCAAGAAGGCACCAAAGAUAAAACCAUUACCCAGUUCAUAAAACAGAAAAUUUAUGCUUGCCAAGUUGUGAUUACUAAUACAGCAGGCUCUCAAAUAAAUGUUAGCGUUUUAACUGAAGUUCCACAAGGCAGUAUCCCUGUAAGUCCUCCUAAAUAUACGUCAAAUCAAAUUAUGACACUACCUAAUUUCCAUACCCAGACCUUCGAAUAUCAGUUUUACUUUCCUAAUUCUGGGGUAUUCACCCAUUAUCCAGCUAAUAUUACUUAUAAUGAAAAAGUCAUUGCAAAGGCUGAUUCUAAAGAUUUAGAAGUAAAUGAUGUUAUUAGGGUGGGAUAAAUUUUUUUAUUUUUUUAUUUUUUUUUAAAAAAUUAAAAAAAUUUUAUUAUUUUUUUUUUCAGGGUGGAUAAAUUUGAAACUUUUAAAGAUUUGGUGCUCAGUGGAAGAAAAGACUUGGUUUUGGAAUUUUUGACUAAUGAAAAUUUAUUUAGCAAGGCAAAAGAGUUCGAUGUUUACAAUUUUUGCUGGAUGUUAAAGGAUAAGAUAUUCUGGGAAAAAGUCAUAAAAAUUUUAAAGGCAAGAAAUUAUUACUUUGAUGUAGUCUGGAGCUUUGGGAUUUUCCAUAAAAAUUUAGAAAUUCUGAAAGACAUUAUAGCGACUAAGCCUGAAUUUGUCAAUAAAAUUGGGAAUUUCUUCAAAUCAGAACUAAUCACAACUGGAAAAGGAGACCACCGACAUUUAGAAUUCGACCCAUUAGUAAAUGCAAGAGCUCAUAGGCUUGGAAAUCAGCCAAGAAUUACUAAUAACAGGUUCAAAAAAGUUUAUAAAGAAUUUUUAGAAUAUUUACUCCCCCCCCCCCCUUCCGUGAGCGAACAAAAAAAUUUUGUUCGCUCACGGAGGGGGGUUUAUUUUUUUUUUUUUAAAAAAAAUUUAUAUAUAAAUUUUAUAAAAAAUAUUUUUUUCGAAAUUUAAAAAAAAUCCUAAUUUGCAAAAAUUGGGAAGCAAAUAUUAAUUUAAUUUGCAAAAUUUAUGUUUUAAAACGCAAUUUGUUUAAAAUUAAACAGAAUUAGCUCUAGAUUUCAUUAUACUAAUUAUCACUUAUAUAUCAAAAUUUUUUUUCCAUUAAAAUUUUUUCUAUUAAAAAAAAUUUUUGUUCACUCACGGAGGGUGGGGUUUUUGGUCAAAAAAUGGCGAUUUUUCUAAUGGUUUUGUUCGCUCACGGAGGGGGGGGGGGGGAGUUAGCAGAAAAAGAAAGCCUUGAUGUAGAAGACCAGCUGGGGCUUGCCCAAUACUAUAUUCUUCAAGACCGCUACCAAGAAGCUACUGAUAUUUAUAAAUCCAUCCCACUUAAGGCAUCCCAAGAUAAAUCAGGAGCUUCUUAUCUCCAAAUCCAAUACGAUUACCUAUCCUGCUACCUUGACAUUAAUUUAGCUGGCCCUGUCUCUGCUUUAUACGAAAAUUACCCAGUUAAUACUUGGAAAAAAUUAUUUAAUGAGGUCAUUAAAUUAGUCAGAGAAAUCAGUGCCCAAGAAGUUCUUGUUAAGGCUGAAGCCAAAGAAAACGAGCCAAGCUUGAUGUUUACUGUUGAAGGCGGAGAAAUUAAGCUAAAUUACCAAUUUGUAAAGCACUGCAAGGUCAGGCUUUACAAGAUUGACUUAGAAGUCCUUUUCUCUAAAAAUCCAUUUUUAAUCGAAAAUACCCAAGAUUUCGGAUUUGUCAAGCCAAAUAUAGAAAUUGAGGUAGACCUGCCUGAAAAUGGGGAAGGUAUAGUAAAAAUCCCUGAAGAGUUUGAAGGGCAAAAUAUCGUGAUUGAAGUCGAUUAUGGAACUUAUACGGUCUCUAAGUCCCAUUUCGCUACAAGCUUAAAGAUUAAUUUGAUUGAAAGAUAUGGAGUUAUUAAAGUUAUGAACAGCAAUUUAAUGCCAAGACCAGCAGCUUAUGUAAAAGCAUUCGUUAAAAGAAGCAAUGGAAACGUAGAGUUUUAUAAGGACGGGUACACUGAUGUCAGAGGAAAAUUCGAUUACGUGUCCUUAAAUACAGACACUUUGUCUACCAUUCAGAAAUUCGCUUUACUUGUGGUCGAUGAUGAAUUUGGGUCACUCGUUCAUGAAGCUAAUCCACCUCCCCAAUAA